AUGGAUUGCCUCCUGGACUACCUCCUCAAGCACAGCCUUGCGUACAAACAGCGCAUCCGAUGCGAGCACAUAGGCUGCCACGAACUCAACAGGGACGGACAAGGAGUGAGCGCGGAACACUGCCACGAGCUCUUGAGCUCACUAGCAUCUCUGGGGUUCGUCCCCGGACAGUGCAAGUCGGUAUGCCUCGAAUGCCCCCCUGAUUCCCGCGGCGACGCCACCCGGGCCUUCAACAAGGCACUCAUUGACAGAGCAGGCGGCAAACUGGCACCACUCAGCCUUGGCCCGCUGCGCUACUCCACCAUCCUGGGCUCACACACCAACCAAGCAUUUCGGCUAGUGGUGGCGAAGCUGGCUCACGCAAAUGCUGCGUUGACUUCCGAGGGAUUCUUGAACAUCGAGAAGGUUCGGGAGGUCGACGCCGCUUUAGCUGACGCGAUCACCGAAGGAAUCGAAUGGGUUAUCGUCGGUCAUGAGAUCCAGGAUGAGUUCGUUAAGUUCGCGACUUUGUUCCAGGCCGCAGGCAACGCUUGCGGACAGAUCUCGAAACCCGAAGAUGAAAUGCAGGUUGCGAAGAAGAUCCUCUUGUCCGUCCAGGGCUUCAUGCAGCUCAACGGGACCAACCAGGUGAAGUAUGAGGACGUAUCCAAGGAAAUACUUCGCAGCAAACCGCCUUGUGCUCCUUGGGUUUGCUUCAUCUUCCGUUUCGUCCUGCAGGCAGCGGGUGGCUUGUCUCCGGCAUCUUCCUCGACUUCGUUCCUUCUGGAGUCCGAGGCGCACAUCAGAACACACGGCAGGCGUGACCGUGCUCUGGGUAUGGAAUGGUGGGAUGCUAUCUCCGCCGACGCGAAAGGUCAGAAGCCCCGAGUUCUUUUCAAACAUGCGAUGCUGAAGCUUGCGUAUUGUGAAGCGAACAUCAAGGCAGUCACGGCCAGCGAUGUCCGUAAGAUCCUGAGCUCCAGAGAUGCGGUUGUGAAGUUGGAUGCAGCAGAGGAUGCCUUCAUCCAGUUCAGGCAGAUCUUGGCGAAGGAAGGCAUCGAUUCUAUCCAAGCGCAAGAAGCCAUGGCAUUUCUGGAACAGGAAGUGGCUGCGUUGGUGCUUGUGAAGAAAUUCCGCAAAUAUGAGGACGUGGAUUCGGCUUGCCAUGCGGCAAUGGAAGCACUCAGCGAGAAGAUCGGUCGUGUCAUACCCCAUUCCUGGCCAAUUCACGAGCUAGAUGCCAGUGGAGCAGUUGUCAACGCUGCUCGCGUGGUUUCCAAAGGCUUUCGGGUGGGGGACUUCGUGGAGCGCAAGGCAGACGGUCUGCAAGCCACAGUGAAAGUAGUGGGUGCCGAGAAAGUGGUCUUGGAGCUCCAAGACGGGUCACAGGUUGAGGGCUCCGCACAGUCCUUCUUGGACGGGCACUGGAAACAGAGUGCUCCACGAAGUGAUCCAGUGCGAUUCGAUUCCUGGCCGUCAGUCGUUGGUUUCAAGUCUUUCGAGAUGCAGGCACUUCUUCUCCGAGCUCGCAUCGUGCAUGCCAUGGAGGAGCAAUUCGAGAAACUCAUGGGUGCAAAAUCGGUGGCUCUCGGGUUGACUGUCUACCAGAAGCCGAGGGAUGUUCGUGCCCAUGAAGACUUGGCCGUUAGGCAGCUUCAGCUUCCGGUGACGACGACAAGGAUUGAGAUCCGUUCCGCCGCCGAGGACCCGAGCAACUCCAUUGUGGUGGGACGAACAACCUUAGCAGGCAAGGACGUCUGGGUCAUCCUUUCCCCGGUGACCACAUGGCCCACGGCUACAUGCGAGGGCUUCUUGAACCCAUCAUGGUUAAUGCGACCUUCCGCCGUUCGCAAGGAAGCCAACUGUGAGUUGGUUGGGAUUCCGGCAAAGCCAGCAGAUCCAUUCGAGCUGCCCGUCAUCAAGAAUUUCAAGAAGAUCUCUCAGAACGAGUCCCUCGUGCUCUAUCGUCCCGGGAACAAGUCGCCAGCACCAGUGGAGGUGUUGCAGCCUCUGUCCAAGAAGGCUAAGGUUGCCUAG